UCUGUGUUAUCUACCAGUGGUGCUCAUUCUAUUUUAAAAAUGAUCUUUUUACUCCCUACCUGGCAGGUGGAUUAUUCUUAAACUGGAGGAAAUCCAAUGGCCUUAUCAAAAGCCCAAAGAAGAAUGUGAAAAAUCUUCCAUUAUUUCAAAGCUUCUUUUCUGCUGCCAUGGCAACCACACAAGGACUAGAAGGGACCACAGGGGCUGGCCCUGAUGUGCACCAGCCAGAGAAGUCUGCGGUUCUAUACCCACAUCAGUGGAAAUGGAUGUCAGAGAAGUUCUUGAAGGGGGAACCUAAAGUUCUCGGGGUUGUGCAGAUCCUGAUUGCCCUGAUGAACCUCAGCCUGGGAAUAAUAAACAUUAAUGUCAUGUUUCCAUUCAAUGAGUAUCAUUAUUUGUUAGAGCAUGAGGUGUACAAAAUUGUGGGGUCACUGAUGUUUAUUGUUUCGGGGUCCUUGUCAAUUGUAGCAGGGAUUAAAACUACAAAAGGCCUGAUCAGAAGUAGCCUGGGGUUAAACAUCUCCAGCUCUGUCUUGGCUGCAUUUGGGACUUAUUUCACUGCAAGCCACUUGAAUAGUUUCCGAUACAAUCUCUUUCACUGCAGCACUUUUGAGAAGACGGAGAACUGCUUCAUGUCCCUGUAUAUUUUCAUGGGUUUGGAUGCUAUGGUGAUCCUGUUAAGUAUGCUAGAGUUCUGCGUUUCUGUGUCCCUCUCUGCCUUCGGAUGCAAAGUAACCUGCUGCCAUCCUGAGGGGGUUAUGUUGAUUAUGCCAUCAAAUCCUCACACGGCAGAGAUUGCAUUUCCUGAACCAUUUUCAGGAGGUUUGAUGCCACCAACAGACCAACAGCAAAAUGUUCCAGAAAAUGCAUCCUGACAGUUGUGUAAGAACCCCAUUUGAGAAAGUACCAGAAUCCAACUCUGGUAUAUACAUGAUUCAAAGUGAUGUUCUCAUUUUUCCCUAAGAACUCGACCGCUCAUUUUAUUGGCUCUUUAUCAACAAUAGCAGAAAUUAAAUAAAUAAAUCGUGCAUUUAA